AUGCAAGAAGAAGAGAUACCUCAACUGGAUCCAGAAAGAAGAGAAGAGCUUAAUAAACCCGCAGAAAAUCAAACUGGUCGUCAAGACUCCGUACAACCUCCAAGACAAGAAGAUAGUGAACAAUCUACUCCUCCUGCACAAGCACCUGCUGGACCAGUUACUCCCACAUCUCCUACUGCUGAGGAGAGUGUUGAUGUGCCUACAGCUGAAGGUGGACGUGGAGCACCAGAACCCUCUGUUGACUCUUCUCCCACUUCAGACACAGGGAGUUCCGAUGUUUCUGAUGCUAUGGCGACUCAGAAUAAUACUUCAUCUGCAGGAACUGGAUCAACAGGCACCCAAGAAGGUGAUGCAGAAAAUACAGAAUCAACCACAACAAACUCCAAAACACUUCCUCCUGAACUCGCAAAUAACAAGAAGGGUGAUGCAGACAGCAGCAGCAGUAUCAGCAGUUCUGUGUGGGUGCGUGUUCCACUACUGAUUGUGGUUACACUGGCCUGUAUUCUUGUGUGCUGA